UUUGGAAUGUAAUACAUACAAAAAUUGGUAUUGAAUAUUUUCUAUUUGUGAUAGAUUAACCCAGAUACGGUUGAUUAAAAAAAUCAAAAUAGGAUAGUUUAUUCUAUAAAAUAAGAAACAAAUAUUGGAAUAGCAGUUAAAAAGCAUCAAGGGUCAUCGAAAGAUUUAAUUAACCACUUAAUUAAAUUUCGGAUAACCAAUGAUCAAAUUUACAUGACUAUGAAGCGGAUUUCAAUCCUCUAUAAAAAUCCUCUCUUGAAAAAAAAAUAUUCAAAACCAUGUCAAAUACAUAAAUCAAUAUUUUUUUGAAAUGUGAAUUAUCUAUUCAUAUCUAAAUAAUUAAAUAUCCAAAUAGCAAACGGACGGAUAGAAAAAACAAACAAUCAAAUUGGCUAAUACAACUUUAGAUAUGUCUCAGCGCGAUUUCUCAGAGAAUGAACCCGAUUGCACACCGGAGUUGCCAGCUGCCAAUCGGGCGCUAUUUCUUGAGAAAGUCCGCCAAUCGAAUGCAGCUUGUCAGAGUGGUGAUUUUGUUACAGCGGUAGCCCUUUACACAGACGCAUUAUCCUUGGAUCCGGGGAACUACAUUCUCUACAGUAAUCGUUCUGCAGCUCGCUUGAAACAGGGACAAUUUGCAUUGGCUUUACAAGAUGCAACAAAAGCUCGAGAGUUGUGUCCUCAAUGGCCGAAAGCAUAUUUUCGACAAGGCGUAGCCUUACAGUGUUUAGGACGAUAUGGAGAAGCUUUGGCUUCAUUUAGUGCCGGGUUGGCACAGGACGCACAAAAUAAGCAAUUGCUUGCAGGUCUUUUUGAGGCUUCAAUUAAAAGUCCCUUAAAGCAUGCACUAGAGCCAACAUUUCAACAGCUUAGAACUAUGAGCUUAGAUCAAAGUCCGUUUGUUGUAAUUUCUGUUGUUGGCCAAGAGCUUUUGCAAGCUGGUCAGUAUCAUUCAGCAGUAACUGUCCUAGAAGCUGCUCUCCGAAUCGGAUCUUGUUCUCUUAAAUUAAGAGGAUCGGUUUUUAGUGCUUUAAGUUCAGCUCAUUGGGCACUUAAUCAGUUGGAUAAAGCAAUUGGCUACAUGCAACAAGAUCUAGCAGUUGCUAAGAGCUUGGGAGAUACUGCUGGAGAGUGCCGGGCUCAUGGCAAUCUGGGUAGUGCAUAUUUUAGUCAGGGAUCUUACAAAGAAGCUUUGACUGCUCAUAGAUAUCAAUUAGUACUUGCCAUGAAAUGUAAGGAUACUCAAGCAGCUGCUGCUGCGCUCACAUCUCUUGGGCAUGUCUAUACAGCAAUUGGUGACUAUCCAAAUGCAUUGGCCAGUCAUAAACAAUGUGUCCAAUUGGUCAAACAGAUGGGUGAUCGCUUGCAAGAAGCCAGGGAAAUCGGCAAUGUUGGAGCAGUUUAUCUUGCAAUGGGGGAGUUUGAUUCAGCUGUCGAUUGUCAUACUCAACAUCUACGUUUGGCUAGAAAACUAGGAAAUCAAGUUGAGGAAGCUCGGGCUUAUAGUAAUCUUGGAUCAAGUCACCACUAUCGAAGAAAUUUUUCCCAGGCGAUAACAUUUCAUGAACAAGUUUUGCGAAUUUCCCAACAACUCGGUGAUCGGAAUAUCGAAGCUAGAGCUUAUGCAGGCUUGGGACAUGCAGCUCGUUGUGCUGGAGAUGCGAUUCAGGCGAAAAAAUGGCAUGAAAAACAGCUUGAGAUGGCACUUGCUGCACGCGAUAAAGUUGGGGAGGGUAGAGCAUGCUCAAAUCUGGGAAUAGUGUAUCAGCUUCUUGGUGAACACGAUGCUGCGUUAAAACUACAUCAAGCCCAUUUAACAAUAGCUCGACAGUUACAUGAUCGAGCAGGGAUGGGAAGAGCAUAUGGAAAUAUUGGAAACGCUUAUUCGGCGGCUGGACUUUACGAAGCUGCUAUUAAAUAUCAUAAGCAAGAAUUGACUAUUAGCAAAGAAGUUCAUGAUCGUAGUGCAGAAGCAUCAACUCAUGGCAACCUAGCGGUAGCCUAUCAAGCAUUGGGAGCUCAUGAUAUGGCUCUAAUGCACUACCGUGCACACUUAAAUAUUGCAAGGGAACUCAAAGACACCGCUGGUGAAGCUUGUGCCUUACUGAAUCUUGGUAAUUGUCUUAGUUCUAGGCAGGAAUUUGCACAGGCGGUUCCAUACUAUGAACAGUAUCUGAUGCUUUCACAAGAACUUGGUGACGUUGCAGCAGAGGGAAAGGCAUGUCACUUUUUAGGAUAUGCUCACUAUUGCAUAGGAAACUACCGUGAGGCUGUGCGAUAUUAUGAUCAAGAUUUAGCAUUGGCAAAAGACUUACAAGAUAAAAUGAAUAUGGGAAGAGCCUAUUGCAACCUUGGCCUUGCUCACUUAGCACUGGGUAAUAGUCAAGCUGCUUUAGAGUGCCAGAAGUACUUUUUAGCUGUUGCACACAUGACAAAUCAUCUGCCUGGAAAGUUUCGGGCACUUGGAAACAUUGGAGAUAUUCUUAUUCGUACAGUAGAAAUUGAAGAGGCAGCUAAAAUGUAUCAACGACAAUUGGCUCUAGCUCGACAGGCAAGGGAAAGACCUAUGGAAGCAGCUGCAUGUGGCGCACUUGGACUAGCUCAUAGAUUGAUAAAAAAGUUCGACAAAGCUCUAGGUUAUCACACACAAGAGCUGACACUGCGUCAAGAAAUGGCAGACCUCCCUGGAGAAUGUAAAGCACAUGGUCAUUUGGGAGCAGUGCAUAUGGCCCUCGGCAAUUAUACACAUGCUGUCAAGUGUUAUCAGGAGCAAUUGGAACGUGCCCAAGAAUUGCAAGACUCAGCUAUUGAGGCUCAAGCAUAUGGUAAUCUUGGAAUAGCCAAAUUGAAUAUGGGACAUUAUGAGGAUGCUAUUGGAUAUCUAGAGCAGCAAUUAGGUACUUUGGAACAAGUGAAUACCACCACUACGCAGCAUGAUAGGGCAAGAGCUCUAGGACACUUGGGUGAUUGUUAUGAUGCCUUGGGAGAUUAUGAAGAAGGAAUAAAAUGUCAUGAGAGACAUCUCCAAUUAGCAACAGCUCUUUUAAGCUAUCGCGAUCAAGAACGAGCUUAUCGUGGCUUAGGACAUAGUCAUCGUGCUUUGGGCAAUUUACAAGAAGCACUUGUUUGCCUUGAAAAGAGACUUGUGGUAGCUCAUGAGCUUGGAAGUUCCGAGGCAAAAGCAGCUGCUUAUGGUGAUUUAGGCAACAUUCAUUGUGCUUUAGGCAAUCACGAACAAGCAGUCAACUGUCUAGAACAUCAAAAAGAAAUUGCUAGAGAAUUAGGUGACAGAGCUCUUGUAUCUGAUGCAACUAGUGCCCUUGGAAAUGUUUUCCAUCAAAUGGGUAACCACGAUGGUGCUCUCAAAUUGCACAAAAUGGAUUUGGAAAUAAGUGAAAACCUUGGCGUAAUGUCUCUUCAAGCACGAGCUUGUGGUAAUUUAGGUUCAGUCUAUGAGAGUAUUCGGAGCUAUGUGGAUGCUGUUAAGUUCUUUGAAAAGCAGCUAUCAUUGACAACAGAUCGUUUGAGCAAGGCGUAUGCCUGUGGCUCCUUAGGUCGUGUAUUCCAUCAAAUGGGUCAAACAGCUCAAGCAAUAAAUUUUCUUCGUCAAGGCUUGGCUAUUGUGCAGUCCCUAAAUAAAUCGGAAGACGAGGCCAAAAUAAGGCAUCAGUUAGGCCUUGCAUUACGAGCUUCCGGUGAUAAUGAGAAUGCCCGCACUCAAAUGGAAACAGCUGCUCAGAUCCUUGAAUCGGUUCGUUAUGAUCAGAGAUCUCCAGAAGGCAGAACCGUACUUUUCGAUUUGCAAACAUCUUGUUACCAUAUGCUGCAACAGAUUUUGGUGUCCAUGUCCCGCAAUGAGGAGGCUUUAGUUGCAGCUGAAAGAUGUAAAGCCCGAACUAGCCCAGACACAAACAGUAUCUCUCGCAAGACCAUGAUCACAUGCAGUGAAAGCAUAUUUGACACAGUCAACAAAGCCAAAACUAAUGUUUUGUACUUCAGUUUGGCUGGCAAUGAGCUAUUUGCCUGGUUUCUCCAGCCACAAAAGGGAAUCGUUCGAUUCCAUUCGGUAGAAAUAAAUGAAAAUACUCUUAAGAUUCCUCGAGAAAAGCUUACAGAUAAUGGGGCUAAGGAGAGCCCAGAAAACUUAUUAGAAAUCUACAUAAACAUGGUAAGGGACAGUCUCGGAGUUAAUUCGGAUACCGUUUUACACGAAGGAGAUGGAAGUGGAUGGCGUUCUAGUUCAGAAAACCUACUUGAUGAUUUUUCAAGUGAAAGAGCGGGUUUUCUUCGUAUGGUCAAUCGAAACCAUUUACUUAAUUCCAGCAACUAUUCACUAAGUUCAUUAUUUAGUUUAGGUAGUGUAGGUGGUUCAGUGGCAAGCUUACAAGGUUCUACCCGAUCAAUUGCAAGUUUGCAGGGAUCAACUAGAUCUCGACGAGCUCAAAUGUUACCCACAUGGCAAGGUCCAAGCUGCUUGCAUACUCUCUACAACCUCCUCUGGGAACCAUUUGAUGAUCUUUUGCCUUCUGGGGGAGCAGUUUCUCGCCAAGGCCGAAAAGAGCUCAUACUUGUUUUAGAGAAUGAAUUGUAUUUAGUUCCAUUUGCAAUUUUGAGAAGCUCAAAAGAAGAUGGAGAAUACUUGUCUGAACGCUGUUCGAUCAUUACGAUUCCCUCACUUCAGUCUCUUCGUUUAAAAAGCAAAACAAUUCGUACUCGCGAGCUAGCUGAAAAUCUGAAUACUGCGUUGGUUGUUGGGGGUCCUCGGAUUCCAUCAACUCUAUCUGAAACAUGGGGUUGGUCAGAAUCACCGGCGUCUAUACAAGAAGCUGCAAUGGUAGCUGAUAUGCUACAAUCGAAAGCUUUGGCAAGUUGCAAUGCUACCAAGGAAGCUGUAGUAUCAGAGCUUCCAACUGCGGAGUGUGUUCAUUUCGCCGCAAAUCUAAGUUGGAAGCUUGGAGCUGUAGUUCUCAGCCCUGGUGAUGUUGUCGAUUCUCAAUCACAGAAACGCUACUACCAAUCAACUUCGAAUAAUGAGGAAAAUGAUGAUGAAGGCAAUGAAUUAGCAAAUCAAAGCAUUGAAAUUCCACCUUUGUCUGAUUUCAUCCUUUCUGCUGCUGAUGUCCUGACAAUGAAAUUAAAUGCAAAACUAGUGGUUCUAAGUUCUUAUCAUUCUAUUGAACCCAUAACCGGAGCUGGAGUAGCAAAUUUAGCAGGAAGUUGGCUAUGCGCUGGAGCAGGUGCUGUGCUCAUAUCACUUUGGCCUGUUCCUGAAACAGCCGCUAAAAUUCUUCUUAGAGCUUUUUACUCAGCUCUUUUACAAGGAUCUAGAGCAGCAAGAGCUCUUGCAGAAGCUAUGCAAACAGUGCAACACACAAAACACUUUGCUCAUCCAGCAAACUGGGCCGGAUUUUUGUUGAUUGGUGGAAAUGUCCGGCUUUCAAAUAAGGUAGCUUUGAUGGGACAUGCCUUAUGUGAAUUGAUGCGAACCCCAGAUAAGUGUCGAGAUGCCUUGAGAGUUUGCUUGCACCUCGUGGAGAAAAGUUUACAAAGAAUUCAUCGAGGACAGAAAAAUGCUAUGUACACCACCCAGAAGAGCAUAGAGAACAAAGCCGGACCAGUUAACGGAUGGAAGGACUUACUGAUGGCAGUGGGCUUCCGGUUCGAACCGGCCGCAAAUGGAAUACCUUCCAGUGUGUUUUUCCCACAAGCCGAUCCUGAAGAUCGAUUGUCGCAGUGCUCAGCAAGUCUUCAAGCACUGUUAGCACUGACUCCAAUAACUUUGCAGGCAUUAGCUAAACUUGUAAACAGUGUGGAUGUAGCUGAUGAUAUAAUAGCUGUUAUUAGAAAUGUUCUAAGUCAGUUUCCACCUAAGGGUAGUCCGGAAGUGGAGUCUUGCAUUGAGAUUCCGUUGUCAGUAAGACUUUGGAGAGUUUCAGGUUGCCACGAACUUUUGGCAUCUGUUGGAUUUGAUCUGACCGAAGUGGGACAGGAUCAAGUAACCCUGCGCACAGGCAAGCAGGCAAAUCGUAGAAGCUGUCAGUUUGUUUUGCAAGCUCUUUUAGCUCUCUUUGACACUCAAGAAGCUCCAAAAACUCUUGGACUAGAUUCGAGUAGUAGCUGUGAGUCGCUUAAUGAAGAUUCUCGACCAGAAAAUCCAAUGAGUGCUUCAACGGGCUCCCUAUCUGGUCCAACAUCCCAACAAGCUAGCAUAUCACCAACAGACACAGUGAAAUCAAUGAACAUUGGGAUGACUUUGCCACCACUUCCCAUUAAUAGACCACGCAUUCUUAGUGCUGGUGGAGGAGCAUUCAUCUCAUAUGUCCGUCGAAGAGGUGAACCAGAUGGAGGCCGUACUGAUACUGAAUCUUCAGCCCCGAGCACAAAAAAUACUAACCUUACUGUAGGACCACCAUCUAUUUAUCCAAAUCUAGAUUCAAGUCUAGCAAAUACAACAGAUAGCGAGCUUUCGGAUGGAUAUAUAUCCCAGAGUCACCUAAAGAAGCCUAAUGGUCCACGUUUGGGCUACUCCAGUCUUCGCGGACCAGUUCGUGUGUCUCGACCUGGUGGCGGAGGAGAAAGUGACGCUGCAUUUACACCAAGUCCACCAGUAACAACUCAAACAGCGGUGGAUCCAAAUGUUUCCUUAGCUUUGGCACAUCAAACUCGAAUUCGCAACUUAUACUCAAGCACCGGAAUGACUUUCCUUGGAGAUAGUGUUAUUCCAGAGAUGAGUGUGCCACCAAGCAUGUCUCGCCGCCCAGAUAGCUCCAGUUCUGCCAGUUCCACUACAGACUGGGAAGGCUCUGGUCAUGCAACUGUCUUGCGAAGAUCUAAUCAACAACAAAACAUGCCACCAUUGCCCCCACCACGACAGAACCUGCCAUUAGUUGAUAGUCUACGCCCACUUGCACCAUUAGCGCCUGUGUACAACAAUCUCGGAAACCUACCAAGUGCUGGUCCAUCAACCACUUGCAUCAGUAAUGUCUUGGAAUCGGCAAGCUCUGACUCAGAGUUUGAAAGGGGACUUGAAAUACCUUCACAAUCAUUAGCUCAUUUCAGAAUGAAGCCCAAAAUCAAAUUAGGAAAUGCCCAGAUACUCCUGUCAAAUCGGUUAAAAGAAACCACUUCAAUGUUCAUGGAUCGUUUAAGCGUUCGAACUGAAGUUUCUGCAUCGAAUUCUUCGAAUGUUGCAAUAGCUGGUGGCAGUAGAAAGCCUUUAACUCUCCCUGAAGAUGAUAAUACUUUGGUUUUUAAUUCGUCAAGCCUUUAUUUUGCUCCAGCUGAGACUGAAAUCGAAAGCGGAAAGAAAGAGCACAGCUCAAAAGCACCUGUGGCAAGUACUUCCACAGCUGCAACUUCCAAAGACAAUUCUAAGCCUACUACCAAGAGUAUUCAAGAUACUAUCAUGCGACAUAUGAAUAGAGAAAUGACUCCUACUAUCUCAGAAGUAUACCAUGAGAGAAAUUUGGGAUUAGGAUUAGCUCCGCCAUUAUCGAAAUUGCUUCUUAGUAAAAACUAUGAUGAAUCGGAGAGUAAACUUUCGCCAGCUGGCUGUGCUAUCAAAAGCAUUGUGGAUGCAGUGAGUGAAAUGGAGCUUAGUAGUACGUCAAAUGCUGCCACAAAUCCGAAGUCAAAUAAUGAGGAGGUGUGCUCGGUUUGUGGUGAACCUGCCAACAUAAUAUGUCGAUGCAAAGCUGCCACGGUCCAAAAAAAAUCUACUCUCAAGCCAUGGUUGAGCAACAUUCCAUCGAGUAUUGUUAAAGCCAGCGAUCUAACAACUGCUGAUAUCCUAGAACGUCAAAAUAAAAUAAAAACCACAAAUUCCGGUGGCAAUAGUGAAGGAGUGAACAGCAUGGUUGGGAAACGAACUAGCAGUCCCUUCAGCGAACUUUGUCGCCGAGACGAAGGUGAUGGGCGGUCAGUUGCUGAUUCACAAUGUAGCAGUAGCUAUAAGACAGAUGUGACAAAUGCAACAAUUACUUUAAAUCCUGCCAGUCAAUUGGCAGCAAGCAAUCGAAAUAAGUUUGGAACAAACUCUUAAACGUUCGUGUAGAAGGACUCACAAAGAUUAAAUAUAAAAAAAGAACUGAAUUGUGUCGUUUAAAUAUAAUUUUUAGGUACUUUUUUUUAAAAUUACAUUAAGUUAAUUAAGGAGCAAUAUUUAAAUGUUAUCAGCUACAAACAUAUAAAGCCUAAUAUAUGUAAGUAGAACCUUUAUUUCUGUAUUAAAGUUCAAGAUUAAGUUUAAAAGCAUAUUUUCAUUUUAAAUUUAUCAUAGUGUAUAUAAAAAUAUGUUAAGUAUUUAGUAUUAAUGCUAAGCACCCAUUUCAUUUUAAUGCAUAUCUACAUUAUAGCUU